ACACAAUCCCAACACCUAUGUUAUGUAGCAUGUAAUAUCGCGCAUAAGCAGCAGCAACAGACGCAAGCUGGCAGGCAGGCAGGCUGCCAUCAGAGACAGAGAGCGAGCAGAAAGUCGUAUUAUAGAAACACAACUCAAGCGCACUGUUUACUUUUUUUUUCCCCUUUUCAAAAAGACCGCAAAUGUCAAGUAAUCAUCGUCGGCUGAGUCGCCGAGGUGCAGCAGUCGCCGUGCAGGACAGUCCUCAAGAACAAUCAACAGUAUCGUCUGGCGAGUCAUCCGCGCCUCGCGUUCGUCGCGAAUAAACAACAAUAUCCGCAUCGUCGUGUUUAUAAUACAAAACAAUAAUUACGGGGGUAAGGAACGGAGGAGGCGAAGGCGGAGGAGGAGCUUUGUGUUAUUUCGCGAGACCUUUGACUUUUUGUUGUUGCUGUUGUUGCUGCUUGUUUUCUGUGUAUACGUAAGGGUGCUAGCGUAGCAUGUCACCCUCGUCGUCGUCGGGUUCAUCGGGUGACGAGGCUGAUAGCAGAAAAUCACGAGAGGAUUGGCGGACCAACAACGGCGCAAAACCUCGACGUAAAGCAAAAACUGCAGCAAAAAGGGAGGAGGGUUUGUUCAGCCUUAAACAAUUUUUAAAAAAUGAAAGUCAAACGAAUCAUCAGUAUGCAGGAGCUCGACCUAAGGUUUAUGAACCACAAUCAUGGGCUCCUGAACCAGUUUCUUGUCAUGAAACUGGAAAAUACACAAGAAACCCCACAGAAUUACCUGAUUUUGUACAAGACCAUUUAGUGAUUGAACAGUGUUAUCUGGGAGAUCAAAAUUCUCCUGGUGUUGCAAGUGUAGAAGUUGAUAAUUUACCAGACUUUGCUUUAAAUAGUGUUGGAAAAAGACCCAAUAGAUAUCACAAUGACCAAUGGAAGAGAAGUUUAGAUGAUUCAGCGGAGAGAUUAUUUGAUUUGACAGAAAAUUUGAAUCAAAAUCAAGUAAUUGUUCCACAUGCAAAUUCCUUGGAUUUGCCUAAACUUGAAGUUGUUGAUGGAGAAGCAGCUGAUGUACCCGAAUCCUUAGGCUUCCCAUUCGAUUUACAAAUAUCGAGAAGUUCAGAAUCCAAUUCUCAUGCUGAUGUAUCUGUGAACAAUACACUGCCAGAAGCAAUAUCAAAUUCUACAAAAUUGUUACCUGAUUUUCUCAGUGAUACAUCUGUUCGUAAUAGAGGAACCCCAUCAUCAGAUAGACCAGAUUUUUCUGGCUCAAAUGAUUCUAUGAAUCAUUGGCUGACUUUGGAAAAUGAAAGAUUGAGAAAUGAGUUACAAAUGGCAAGAAGGCAAUCUCAUGAGCGCUCCCUUAGAAUAGAUUCAUUAGAAGCUGAACUAAUAACAAGACGACAAUCAGUAAAUACAGAAAGUGCAAAUUUAGAAAAAACCAUGCAACAAAUAGAAGAUAACUUGAAACGCAGUACGAAAAGAGCUGUAAAUGCAGAGUCAACAGUAGCAUCAUUAAAAAAGGAAUUGGACUCUUUAUCUAUUGAAAAUAUGAUGCUAAGAACAGAAAAUAGAGAUUUGAGAGAAGCAAUAGGAGUGGAUAGCAAUGGUUUAGGAAACUCAGAUUUUAGGAUGCGCAGAUUAGCAAAUGAUUUACGGAAUGCAGCAAGUAAUGCUGAAGUAUCAUUAAGGCAGUUGAUGUCAGGUGUAAAUAACUUGAGAGUACUAGCAUCAACUUUGGAAAAUGGAGAUAGAAUAGAGGAUCGAACCAAAGAUUUUUUACCGGACUUUGAUGAAGACAACGCAGCGGGGCCAGCGUUAUGAAGCGAGACAUUGAAGAUAAAAUAUUUUUUUAUUUAGUUUAUUUAGACAUAAAUACUGUGUUUAUAAAGUGCUUGAAUUCGUUUUUGGAAAGGAAAAAGUAUAGUGUAAUUUUUCCUUAAUAGAAAGUUUUUACAUAAAAUGUGGUGAUUAUGAUUUAGGAUGUUCUUAAAAAAGUGAACUUCGAUUGAAAAAAUUCUUAAUUUACAAAAAAUAUAUUUAGAAUGUCACGUGAAUAAAAAAUUGUUUUAUAAAUUGUAUACUAUAAACAUUUAUUAACCAAGGGUAUUUACAAAACUUGAAAUAUAUACAUUCUUAUCUUUUAAA